AUGCUUGAAGCAGUGGCAUCACAAGACUUAUGGAUUUGGCAUGCUUUUUUUGGUAUUGCAAGUUCAAACAAUGACAUUAAUGUGCUAAACCAAUCCAACGUGUUUAAUGAUAUUUUGGAAGGACAUGCUCCGAAUGUGCAAUAUACAAUCAAUGGGACACCAUAUAACAUGGGGUAUUAUUUAGCAGAUGGUAUAUAUCCCGAGUGGGCUACAUUUGUCAAGACCAUUUCAAUGCCACAGGGAGAAAAGAAAAAGUUAUUUGCUCAACAUCAAGAAUCAGCUAGAAAAGAUGUGGAGCGGGCAUUUGGAGUGCUUCAAUCUCGAUUUGCAAUUAUACGUGGCCCAGCACGUGCCUGGCACAUGGACACCCUCAAGCAUACCAUAUAUGCAUGCAUAAUAUUACACAACAUGACUGUUGAAGACGAACGACAUACAUAUGGAGGUAAUUUUGAUUACUCUUAUGAUAAUGUGGAUGACAACAACUCAACAACCGAAACAUUUAGCGGUCCUCAUCCGAAUCUUGCAACAAGACUACAAAGAAGAGCAAGUAUUCGAGAAAAACAAGUUCAUCGUCAACUUCAAGGAGAUUUAGUCGAGUAUAUUUGA